UCUGUGGGUAAUAGGGAAGUACAGAGCAGAGUGCAUGGACAGAGGGAAGACGUACCAUUGAGAGAAGAAGCAGGGAGCAUGGAGGUGAUCACUGAGAUCUCCGUGCUGUUCUCCCGACUGUCUAUGUUCCCUUUCUUCGAUGGAGCUCAUUAUUUCAUGUCUGUCUUGUCUGCCAGGGAGCAGCCAGGUGCUGUUGAUGUGGCAUCGCGAAGUCCUAUGGCAUCUUGGUUCAGUGCAAUGCUUUGCUGCUUUGGUGGGGGAAUCUUAUCUUCUUUAAUGCUAGCAGAACCUCCUGUAGCAAUCUUGUCGAACACCACUAACAUAAUUUUUGCUUCUGUGGUUUGGUAUAUGGUAUAUUACUUUCCACAUGACCUGGUCUACAGAAUUUUUUGCUUCCUACCUCUUCGAGUUAUUGCUGCUGCAAUGAAGGAAGUGACCAGAACUGGGAAGAUCUUAUCUGGAGUCACACAGGCAAAUAGUCGUUUCAAAGAUGCCUGGCUUGUCAUGAUUGCAAAUGGCUGGGCUAAAGCUGCAGGAGGUGGUCUGAUUUCUAACUUUGAGCAACUAGUCCGAGGUAUCUGGAAACCUGAGAACAAUGAACUACUGAAAAUGUCAUUCCCUGUUAAAAUCAGUUUACUUGGAGCAGUUUUGUUUACACUGCAACAAAUUCAGCUUCUACCAAUAGCAAGAUACCACCUUAUAUUUCUCUACACCAUGUUUCUAAUUACUACAAAGGUUACCAUGAUGCUAACACAGACCUCCACUUCUCCACUUCAACCCAUUGAAAACAUUAUGAGUCGCUGGUUAUUCGAGCUGCAGAAAGUCCCAACAACAGCUGAAAAAAGACCUUCAACCAAAGACAAAGUGGAACCAGAAGUAAAAGAAAAACCCAACAAGGAAGGAGUUAGCGAGAAAAUUUCAGAGCCCAGUGGAUCCACAAGAAGAAGACCUGUUAAAAAAAUUACUGAAACUGACUGAUAAACCUGGAAAUACUUGGUGUUAAUACAGAAUUACUUGCUGCCAAUUGUUAAAGCACAAAAUAUGAUAUGCUUGUGAUGAUUGAAAUGUGAAAUGCAUUGGGCUUGUUCAGGUUGUAUUUAUACUAUGGGAGGUCAGAUUCUUUCCAGAGCCAGUCAGUUCAACGUUUUAGGUGAUGACAAUAGAAACAUUUUAAAAACUUGUACUGCAGCUGUUUUGGCUUUUUGGCUCUUGGGAUUUGCCUUCUGCUGAAUUAUACAAGAUGAUACAUCUUUGAUUGUUACCAGUUCCCUUUGUUGUAUUUAAUGUGAAACAAUGUACCAUAUUACACAAUGCUUAUAUUUAUUCCCUACAAGUUCUAAAAGGGUAAAUAUGCCAUGCUGGCCACAUCUACUCCUAUAAACCAUUCUGUGAAAAAAUGUACUUCUCCAAUUUAACAGGAAAUUUCAUCAUAUCUUUUAGUUAUAGCAGUAUAUGAAUAGAGAAAGCGCAAACUACAAAUUUCUUCUAGUUCAUUAUGGGACACAGGAUUGAGAAACAGUUGAUUUUACAGCCACCUACAGGAGAAUUUGUACAAUGGCAACAUAAAAAGUGACUAAACUGGUAUAAUCUCUCACACUCCUAGUAUGCCUCAUUUGUUGCUAGUGUCCUCAGAGCCGUGGUCAUCAACCCUGUCUACAGGGCUCACUAACAUGCCAGGUUUGCAAGAGAACUGAAAUACAUCACAGGUGAUAUCAUUUGCUGCUCAGUGAUUGCAGCAUUCUAGUCUGCAUCUUCCCAAGGUAAUACAAAAAACCUGGCCUGUUAGUGGGCCCUGAGGACAGGGUUGAUGACCACUGCCUUAUAGGAUUGACAUCUUCACUGAGAAAAGCUUAACGGACUUGCUAGCCAUUUCGUAUUUUUUCAAGAUAAUUUUUUGUUCUAUUCAAGACUUUGACUGGCCGCUUGAGCUGGUCUUUGAUUCGAUGUAUUCUCUGGUACUUUGGUAGUGUCCACACCUGGACUCCACUGGACAGAAAAUGUGAGAUCGGCUUGGAAUGUGACUUUCAGUCACUGGGCUCUACUUGUGGUGCCUUCCAGACGUUCAUG